AUGUCGACUACGGUUAUCAUGACCAAUGUGAACAAUCUUGAUAAUUAUUCUUCUGCAUUAAGAAGAAACCAACAUAAACUAUAUGAAAAUAUUAAAUUAUCCCCAUCUCCUUUAUUUCAUCAACAAGAAGACCAAAGAAUUUAUGUUGAUGAAGAGCUUGAUGACACUGAAAUCAAUGACGAUGAUAAAGAAAUCGAGAUAAAAGGCUUCGAACCAGUCCUUGUACCAAAUGAUACAAAAGCUCAAACAGUAACUAAUCUUUUAGAAUCAACAAAACCCGUGUCAGCCGUACCGAAUGUUUCAAGAAUGCUUCCUGAUACUGAUGUCCGGCUUCCCUCCUAUGCAUUACCAUCUAGUAAUAAAGCAAAGAAACCUCCAAGACCACCAAAUGCCUUUAUUCUCUACAGAAGAGCAAAACAACCGGCAAUAGUAGCUAAAAAUGCUAAAACAAGUCAACAAGUUAACAACGACAAAGAUAAGGAAUAA